AUGGGGGUCAAAACGAUUUGCAACCCGAGUAUGGAGAAAGACGUACUCGUUUGCUCCCGGGCCUUGGAAUUUGUCACGAGCAGAGAAGAGAGAGAUCAAGACUUCUUGGCCUUAUCACAUGAUUGUCCAUACCGAUGCAACAAUUUGCUCCCUUUGCAAUUACGUUCUAUAUAUGAAAGUGCUAAAGGGGUAUGUUCAAAUCGUACUCGUCCCGAAGGUUGCAUUGCUGAGCGGUAUAUAGCUGAAGAAGCUGUAGAGUUUUGUACCGAGCAUUUAUCUGAUGUUAGUACAGUUGGAGUGCCUUCAAGCCAAAAGAUGGGAGUUUCAAAGCCAUUAUCAGGUUGCACAGUGAGCGUAGUUGAUCGGGACCUGUUGAACCAAGCACAUCUAUAUGUCUUGGAGAUACGGAGGAAGUCCUACCUUAUAUCAGCAACAUAUGAUCCACAUCCAGACCGCUUAUCCAAAAUUUAG